UCCGUCUCCUAUAACAAAGAUCUUCACCGAACUAUCUCUCUCCCUCUCUGUAUCUCUUUUCUGCAAACAAAAUAAAAAUGUUAACUUUAAACUCCGCCAUCACUUACUCAAACCCUCACCAAAAACUCUCAUUAUUUUCGAAUCGAAAUGAUCUAAUACUCAAAACCCACUUCACAAAAACAUCACUUAACAAACCCUUUUCUCAAAUCUCUGAAACUUUAACUCUCAAAUCUCAAAUCCACCCAAACCCAUCAUUGGGGUUGUUUCCACUAAAACCCAAAUCUCAUAUUCUCAAAGCAUCAGCUUCUUCUGAUGUUCCUGCUGAAGAACCAAAUCUAGAGAAAGAAACUGAACUGAUCCCAGAAAAGAAACCAUUAAACCUUAAAUUACCCCUCAUUUUUGGUUUAUGGUAUUUUCAAAAUAUAGUUUUUAAUAUUUACAACAAAAAAUGCUUGAAUCUUUUUCCAUACCCAUGGCUUUUAGCUUCAUUUCAACUCUUUGUUGGUUCAAUAUGGAUGGUUGUUUUAUGGUCAUUGAAACUUCAACCAAAACCUAAAAUCUCAAAACCAUUUUUAAUAGCACUUCUUGGACCAGCAUUGUUUCAUACUAUUGGUCAUAUCUCAGCUUGUGUUUCUUUCUCUAAAGUUGCUGUUUCAUUUACUCAUGUUAUCAAAUCAUCAGAACCAGUUUUUUCAGUUAUAUUUGCUUCAUUUCUUGGUGAUAAAUACCCAUUAGCCGUUUGGUUAUCAAUUUUACCUAUUGUUUUUGGUUGUUCUUUAGCUGCUGUUACUGAAGUUUCUUUCAACCUUGGUGGACUUUCGGGUGCUUUGAUUAGUAAUGUAGGGUUUGUUUUGAGAAAUAUUUACUCUAAGAGAAGUUUAGAUAGUUUCAAGGAAGUAAAUGGGUUGAAUUUAUAUGGUUGGAUUACCAUCAUUUCAUUUAUAUAUCUAUUUCCAGCUGCAAUUUUUGUUGAAGGGUCUCAAUGGGUUGGUGGCUACCAUAGAGCUAUUGCUGCAAUGCAAGCUUCAGGAGGAAGUCCUUUGAAUCUUUACUUUUGGGUGAUCUUGUCUGGGGUGUUUUAUCAUCUUUAUAAUCAGUCGUCCUACCAAGCUCUUGAUGAAAUCAGUCCCUUGACAUUCUCUGUUGGUAAUACAAUGAAAAGGGUUGUUGUUAUUGUUUCUACAAUUAUUGUUUUCAGGAAUCCAGUUCAACCUUUGAAUGCUGUUGGUUCUGCAAUUGCUGUCUUUGGUACUUUCUUGUAUUCUCAAGCAACAUCCAAAAAAGCAAAGAAAAUUGAAGGAUCCUGAUUGUUAGCACAAAAGAAUGGAGUAUUACUUUGAGCAUGGGGAAGAAACUAGAUAUUUGCAUGAUGGGAUAUGAGAACAAGUUAAGAGAACCUAUUCUGGUGGUUCUACGUUUGUUGUUUCAUCAGCACAAGUGCACAACACAAAAAUCAGGCUGCCCAAGUAUUGAGCUUGAAUAGAGGUGUUUAGACUUUCAGUCAUUCUGUCUUCAUACCAAGUUUGUAGAUUUUGUCUUCUAGAAAGAGAUGUAUUGGUUAGGAAAUCUACACAAACCUUUUUCCCAAGAGGUCCAUGAUGUUCUAUGGUAGUAACGCAUCUAUGUGUAAUUUGUAGAUUAGUAGAAACCUCUGACCUUUUCAGGAAUGCCACUGUAUACUUUUCCCUAGUGCAACCCUAAGUCAUAUUCUUUGAUCAAGGAAGCCUAAACCCCCCUUAAAACCCAGAACGCUGAUAUUAAGAUCUUGUAAUUUUGAAGUUUUCAAGUUGUAAUAGAGCUGAGCACUCCUGCCCAAAAAUUGAAAGCUGAAUACAUUUUUGAUAUUCCAGCAGUAGAAAAAGUAAAAUUUAUUUGUGUUUCCAUGUUCCUUGC